AACCUUCUUUUCUAUGUAUUCAGUCAUGCUUACUCAAGCCAGCCCGUCUGCUCUGUGAAUCCAGGAUCAGGAUAGAGAAAGCAACCUUGGAAUGUAAGAAAACGGUUCAAGUACAAGUGUUCCAUUGGCGCUAUUCAAGCAACACUUUCGGAAGGAUGAUCCAUCUACAAAGUCUAUGUAUAGGUGGUUUUUUCAUCUCCAUCGUCCGCAUGCGCCCGCUGCUCAUUGGAAUUGAAUCACGCGAUCGGCAUCUGCCGCUUCGGCUUCUCACUCGCCAGACCCUAUUGCCCUGCCGCUGUGGCCGCCCGGCAUCACUCAUAUCACUAUUACUGUCCCAAUUAUCGGUCCUUUUUCAUGUGCGUCUUCUGCAAAUAUUUUUUCUUUUCCAAUCCAAAACACGAUUCCUGUUUACCGGCAUGAGCGUACAUCAAAAAGAGAGCAAGGUUCGAGAUUCCACCGCUGACUGA